AUGAUGAGAUCUUCUCUGUCUUCUUACUUCUGGAAUGGUGUGGACAAACCAAUUGAUGUUAAUGAACUCGUCUUCAUCUCUUCUCCAAUGUGGAGCAUAAACCUCCUUCCUGGUAAGAGCAGAGUGAGCAGGAUCUUGAUGGAUGAUGUUUUUCCAAAGGUGAUGGGCCCAUUUACACCCAAACAGCAAGUGAUCAAGCGAAUUUGGAGCAGCAAAACACAAGGAGCAAAGUGA